CUAUAUCAAACCUGAAAGGCGUUUACGCACUGUAUCCUAUAUCCUUCAUAUAUAUGUACAAUGAAAGUAUACAGAGCAGAAACAGGCCAAAUCGUCGGCCUGCGGGAGGCCGACCUAUAUACCGUGAACUCCCUCGAAGGACUGCGGCGAAUCCUUGAAAAGUAUACAGGUGUACCAGCGGAUGCGCAGAUUCUAAUGACAAGCUUUGGUACCCAAGUGAAGCAGGAUAUGGUAGAAGGGGUAAUCAAAGCAACCGGAAAGGAGGAAUAUAUCCUUAUCAUUUAUGACCGACAAUACCUGGAUGCAUCCCAUGAAGAAGUGUUGACGUUGAUAGAAGUGGAGAUGCCCAAGUUAUUACAACCACCCAAUAACAUUGAUCCUGUGUCUGCUCUGCGUAAUGUACGCUCUCAGCGCUCAGCUACUAAAUCAAACUUAUCCCAGCACUUUGAACUUUAUCAAAGCUUGUUCGAAGACUUUGAUGCUUAUGGCGAAGAUGUCAUGAACAUAAUCAAAACACACACUAUUCUGGCGAACACCAUCGUCGGAGAGCAAAAAGCGCAAAGCAUGGCCUUGAAUGUAGCGCUUACGAAUUUGGAAGCUCACGUACGUGCCAGCAGCAACAAAUUCAAGGCGUUUCAAGGUUUCGCCAACAAGGAGUUUUCGUUUCAGCUGGCUGCAAUUGAAGGUGUUACCACUGAUCUCGAAUUACUGCGAAAUACUCGCAUCCAUGAAAGUCUUCGCAGCGCAUUACCCAAAGACCUCAAAGUAACCUAUCUGUCCGACCUGAUCGAUGAGGCAAGCAUAUCGAAAACUCGAACUGCCCUUUCGUCCUCAAGAGACACCCUUGUUGCUGAAACUCAAGAUCUCACGUCUCUUUUGGAGGACAUCCAGCAUGGAGAACAAACUCUUCGUCGCAAGAGCUUAAGCGAUUUUGACUUGCAAGGAUUGGAUACUAGAUUGGUGGACGUCAGGGAAAUUUGUGAAAAGGCUGAAUUUUUGCGGGACAAGAUUCAGCGUGAUUUCUCUCGAGUUCAUGACAAGGUUCAAGAUAUAAUGCCUCCACAACAAACGAAGUAUAGACCAUCAUCCACCAGCCCUACCGAAGCCCUUUCUUUCUUCCAAUCUGGACCGCCACCUACUUUACCCUCGCACGCCAAAAAAACCCUAGAAGCAUUUGACCACCUUGGCGAUAUUCAUGCUAACGAGUACCUUCCCAAACUUGCUGACUAUGAAAGGCAUAUUCGAAGUCAUCUUGUAGAAUUGGUAAAAUCCAAAAGGACGGCUAUGGAAGGAUUCUUGCGACAAAUGAGUGUGAUAUCGCAUCUCCAAAGUGAAAUUGCUGCUGUUUCUCCACGAAUAGAAAGUGUUGACAAAGAUCUCAAAACACUUCGACGCCAAGCCGGAAAAGACGGUCUCCAGAAGCCAAAAAGUAUCAUUCUUGCCUAUGGUGCAUUAAUCAUCGAGAUUGUUCGGCGCAAGGAAUAUGCUAAUAUCUUGCUGGAGAAUGCCAACGUCAUUGCUGACCUGUUUGGACGAUUUCGCAUGCAAGAACAGAGCAGGCGAGACCACUAUAGGACAGAGUUUGCCAGAGUCAUCCCAUUUCAGUUGGAGGCCAUGGACGAUACAGCAUCCUAUUGCGAAGUUUCAGCCACCAAUGUCCGUGACAGAAGCCCAACGCUCACUCGCGAUGAUGUGAACGAACUACUGAUGUUUUUCAAGGACUACUUGACGAAUGAUAUACGUUCUGCCAUGGGUUCACCGCUUGGCCAAAUGUCAUCUCGCAUUCCAUCGUAUGGCAGUCAGCAGCAGACGCAAACCAUUACUUCUUACGUAUCAAGAGCCAGUAGCCCAACAAUGUCCAGGAAUCCAUCUCAAUCCAGAACUUUCGACUCAAAUCAUGAAAAGAUCAUCAGUUCCUUAAUGCAAAUGAACGAACAGCUGAACACCCUGCGAAAUGAAUUUUUACUAGCUGUAGAUCGCUCAUACUUCCAAGAUCAAAAAUCCGCACUUGCUAAUGGCCAAAGCCGUCGUAUAUCGGCUCCUGUGUUACCUACUUCACGAGUGUCAUCGCCGAUUAUUGCGAACGAGUCAGAUGCGCAGCUUGUGCAAAAAACAAAGGCAUUGGAUUUAGCCGACGAAAAAAUCAAGUCAUACGAGGCACGCAUUCGAUCACUGGAGGAUGCUCUUCAAAGGACUUACAAAGCUGGCUAUUCAUCAUUUAUGGGAGAAAGUGUGCAGCUUGGUAGAGCCAAGAGCAAUGACGAUGCACCAAACGCACAGCCUGCCUCUGUCAGCUCGUCAGUAUACUCCGUUGUUGAAGACCAAUGGACGAAGAAGCAGAUAGGCGAUCUUUACAUGAAACUACAACAAGCUGAUAGACGAAAUAUGGAGCUUGAAAAGGAACUUCAGAAACAUCGUUCGGCCUCUUCCAGUCUGUAUUCUCAGCGCAGCGACAUUUCACGGUCUUGGGAGCGAGAAAAGAUUGAGUGGGAGAAAUACAAGGAAUACAAUGAGCAUGAGAAGGAAGAGCUUCGAUUACAAAUCCAUGAUUUGGAGCAGCUUUUGGAAGAAGAGCGACAGACAUUUGAAGACAACCGUAAGAGUUUGUUGAAAGAGGCACAAAUUCGUGAUAAUUUGGCCGACAUUCGCAUCGCUGGAGCUGAAGGUGACUGGAAGUCUAAAAUCGAAGAAUUGGAGGUCAAUCUUCACAAUCAACAGGAAGAUACCAAUCGCAUGAGAGCGAAUUAUGAAGAAGAAAUUAGACUUAUGAAAGAAACCCAUUCUCGCGAACAAGCUUCCUUGCUACAAGAGAAGAAUGCAGUGGCUGAGAAAGCUAGGAUUGAUAAUCGAAACGCCAAUGACAAAAUUUCCUCCCUUGAAAAUCGUAUCGAAGAUCUUGUGCAAGAUAUCGAAACUGAGAAAUCAGAUGCCCUUACCAAGAUCCAAAAAAUGCAAGAAGAGAUGGAUAACAGCGAGCAAGCACGCGAUGAGAUCAAGCAGAAAUUAGCCCAAGCACGCGGUAUGGUUGCAGCUGCUGAGCAUGAUUGGAUGGAGAAAAACAGUGCACUUGAGAAGAUUGAGGAAGAGCAGGCAAUGCUACGAGGAAUUGUACAGAACAUUAUACCUAAGUUGACUGAUGAUCGCCAGUAUGAACUUGACCAAGAUAUGUCCUUCUUGGAACUUCUAAAUGUGCUGGAUAAAGAAAUUGACGAAGGAUCAACACGCUUGGAAGAGAUUAGAUCUGCUUUUCUUGAGCUGCAAGAAAAUCAAAAGCAAGUUGAGAUGGAUUUGGACAACUUGUCGGACAAGCACUCUGCACUGCAGAAGCUUUGCUCUCAAAUGGCCACGAAGCUUGCCGAUGUUCGCUUUUCUGUAUUCGGGGAGAUCACCAACCAGCUACAGUUGCCUGUUGACGAAGAUGAGGCUAGCAAUUUGAUGCGACGUCUCUCAUUUGAUACCAACAUUGAUAGUUCCAAUGCUUUUGCUCAAUGGGCAGAAACCUUGCAUUCUCUUAACAAUAUUGAACUGUCCAAGUUUGUCUCCAAGGUUAGGAAGAAGGUAAAGGAUGCACAUGAUCUUACCAGAAGAUGGCAAAAAGAAUAUAAGGAUUUGAAAGAAAAAUACAACCGCAUCGCUUCGGAGGCAUUUGAAAAAAUUGCAUUUAGAAACUUCAAAGUUGGCGACGUCGCACUCUUCCUCCCUACAAGGAAUUCUACUGGAAAACCAUGGGCGGCAUUUAAUAUCAACGCACCUCAUUACUUCUUGAAACCGACCGACAAUAUUAUCACGCAGAUGACCACUCGAGAAUGGAUUGUGGCUAGAAUUACUUCUAUCGAUGAAAAUGUCGUAGAUUCUCAGGUGGCGACUUCCAACCCUUACGGUCUCUCAGAGGGCUUCAAAUUUUAUCAACUGGAGGUGGAAAAUUGGAGAAACAGCCACCAUCGUAAAGGUCAUCGCAAUACAUCUGGAAAAGAUAAGGACAAGGAUGGUCAAGCACAUAGCUCAACCAAAGGAUCCUCCUAUAUGCAAGACUCAGUGUCAACCAAUGCUCAGUCUCAAAUUGAGCAGCAUCAGAGCGACAUGUCUGUUUCCAAAGAAUUAAGCAACGGACGACGUUAUACACUUCCUUAUAUCAAUGGUCAAGACAGCGGACUUGCCGCUAUUGUUGACAAUGCUAUUCAUUCACCCGUUUCAUCACCUUCCAUCAGCACGCGGCGGCUGAGCUUUGAUAGGCAACCCAGUGUUUCGAGUCCAGUGUUCCGACGACCAGCUUUGCCAUCGACUCAUUCUAGGCAAAACUACCUACCGAUGUCGUCUAGCACUUCGGGAAUGUCGGCCAGCACAUCCAUGCCCCCUACAGCUGAAACAGAGUCGCCAUCAUUUAAUGCCGAGCACAGCGCCGAUAAGCCAUUAUCUACCUCUAGCACCAUUGACCAGUCAACCCUAAUAUGGGCUGCACAAGAAUAAUAUGUCUAAUCACCUUUCUCAUACCAAAUGUACAUUAACACUGUAAUUAUUCUUGAUGGAUUGCUAACUUAAACGUGUAAUAUAAAGCAAUUGUGAUCUGGGAAUUAAUAUGACUGACUGCGCGCCACUAUAUCGUAUGUUUCCAUCGGUCUAAGCGUCUUUUAACACACGUUGUUACCGCCAGGUCGUUUUAGUAAACAGCGAAAUAGUCGAUGGUUUUAUUUGAAUGUUUAUACAGUGUUUCGUAAAACUAGAUAGAGAG